GUCCUUUUCCCUCUGAUGCAUGAUGACCUGGCCGAAGUACGGGAGUGAUGGAAACUCUGGCCAUGUCUCCCCGAGGCAUGUCACGGAAAUGUUGCGUCCAGCAUCACCAAACGAUGUGGGUGAAGGGCAUCCCAUCUCCGUCCGAGCCAAUGACGCGCUGCUGCACCUUCCAGCUUCGGUGCAUCACCAACACCAUUCUCGACGUCUUCGACUCCUCAGUUUCGUUGCAGUCGGAGUCUGUGCAGCCGUGGCACUUGCGUGCAUCCUCUUCUUUCCUCGAUUGUCAACUGUCGCAGCCGAGUUAUCCGACAAAAACAAGGAUGGAAGCUCGUGUUCCCUCGACAAGGUUGGAUUCCAUGGAACGACCCCUGCAGGCACGCCAUUCUACUUUGCAAGGGCGGCUGUUCCGUCUUCAUCCGCCAGUAGCUCGUCCUUUCCAUUGCUGGUGCAUUUCUCCCACUCCGAUCCACCACCUGAGCUCCUUUCUUGUACUGGAACAAUCGAUGCCUCCACACUGAGCCGAAAUCCUCGAGCGUUGAACCGAGACGCACACGUGUUGUAUCUUCGACAAGACGCUUCGUCAAGCUACGACAUGCAUGCAUUCCUCACAAAUACCCUCCGUACGGCGAACGUGACCGCGAAACGAGAAAUUAUCAUUCUUGGUGACGAUUCGAGUGUAUUCUACGUGGCAUUUCAAGUCCACACAGCCAACUUUCGCGUCGCUCAGCUAGCCUCGACAAAGUCAACGUUUCUGAAUGUGGCCGGGGUGGCCUUUUCCCCUCCUGCAUCCACCCUGUGGCCGUCGAAGAGGUCGUCGACAAAGGCGGCACUGGGGCGGCUCCUGGAUGCUGGUGUUCGCGUCGUCAUCUCCGUGCAGAUGGACAACGAAACGACCGCCAACACCACCAGUGGCCACUAUUACACGUCGAUGGUUUGGUCCCGGUCCAUUUCAUGGGAUGGCGAGGCAGGUUUUGCCAAAUUGACACCCGCCAACGACACGUCCGUCGUGGCAACAUUGGAUGCAGGCGACGGGGUGUUUCGCCUCCGCCAGAAUCGAAACUUCGCUGUGGCAUAUCAACUGCCGCGACCGAUGAAUCCCCACACGUUACUCGACUUGGUUCGACAACCGCACGCACGACUUGUCCAUGAUGCAUAACGUCAACGAAAAUCUUGUAUCGCACCACGUUGUUGCGAUGGGGCUGCUGC